UUGCUGUGUUCAUGUGCUGGGAGCCACCCAAGACGAAGAAGACCAACGUGUGCGAAGUUGUGAAGCUGCACUGGUCUCCACCCAGGGACGACGGGCACACGCCGAUCCUGCAUUACGAGAUUUCGAUGGAUCAGGGACAGACAUGGUCGCAGAUCGAAGGAGGAGCUGAUGCUCGAGAGUAUCGGGUGACAGACCGCCAGUCAGGUGAAGUGGUUUCCUUCAUGGUUCGGGCGGUGAACAGGAUUGGUCCUGGGGCAGCGGAGAAAAUGACAUGUCAGAACACUCCGCUAUCAUCCCGUGUGAUGGCCUCUUUGUUCCAGAAGAAGAAGAAGCCCGUGCAGAAGAAACCAGCCCCCGUCCCUGACUGUUCGAUGGCGCAAGCCGCUGCGUGA